UUUAGAACUUUUAGCUGUUGAACGAAACACUUGUUUAUAAAUUAAGACAGCCAAAAGUUUUUUUUCCUUCUCCCUCGCCGCUCCUCGUAACUUCUAGCCUAACCAACCGUGCCGGUGGUACGAAAAGGAGCGAACCCCAAGCCAGCCGAUAGCUUAACGAUCUGCUGCUGUUCAUCAGACAAGGAUGUUUAAAAGUCCUCAAGUCCUGAUGUGGGCAUGUCUCAGCAGACUCCAGCUGCUGUUAGGAGAAUCCCACCCUGCUGCCUUUUCAGAACACUUUGGAUUUGGAUGUCGGAGAGCAAUACGCGUCAAAAACAGGAAAUACCAACAAACCAGCAGCAAAAGCACAAGCAUGAUUGGAACCUCAUCAUCCACAAAGACUGCUCGCUCAUCAGAUCAGCUGUCUUCUUGUGAUUCAGACAGUAAAACGUGUCAGCGGAUAGAGGUUUUGCACUCAGACGGGUGUUCCAGAACCCUUUUGUUAAGCCGUCAUCCCAACCCUCAAGUCUCUUACCUUACAAGGACGUUUUGGGACCGUUUAAUUCCUCAGCAAUGGGGAAGACGAUGGCAUGUCAGGUGGAUUUCACUCAGGUGCACCAGCAACAACCAGUUCAAGUUUCUACAGAACCAUCCAAGUCACAGACAAAGUUCAUUCAGUCCUGUUGGUUUGUUAGCUCCUAAGCCAUGGAUUUUGAACUGGUUUUGCUGUAAACAAGCACCCAGCCGCCCCUUUAAUCAAAUCAGAGCUGUCCAUCGGGCCUCUCCUCAUGUUGCCGACACCUGGAGGGACUGCCUGUCGCUUCAGAACGAAAACCGGUGUCGGCAACACCUUUUGCCUCACUGGAAGCUCUAUAACAUGGAGCGAGUGAGAAGAGGGGCGAGUCAAACACAAGGACGGAACACGGGGAGAUGGGCAUCCAUCUUGGUGUCUCUAUGCUCGGUUGAGGGUGAGCCUGCUUUUCUUUUCACUCUUCGCUCCAGCACACUGAAGGGCAGGCACAAAGGAGAUGUCAGCUUUGCGGGGGGGAAGAGUGACCCAUCCGACAGAGACGUGGUGACCACAGCGCUGCGGGAAACUCUGGAAGAGCUGGGAAUUACCAUGCAGAGUGAGAAGGUUUGGGGUGUGAUGAAGCCUCUGAGGGAUGCGUCAGGAAUGAUGAUUGCUCCUGUGCUGGCGAACCUCGGGCCUCUAGAGGAGCUGACAUUCAGACCGAACCCUGAGGAGGUAGAGGAGAUAUUCACCUUGUCUCUGUCACACCUGUGUGACCCUCAGAACCGUGGUUACACACACUUCCGCUCUGGUGACCAGUUUGGAUACACACUGCCCGUGUUCUGUAAUGGAAAACAUCGGGUGUGGGGCCUGACGGCAGUCGCCUUGGACCAAGCCCUGAAACUUGUUGUUCCUCUAGAACACCUGUCACUCACCUGAAGGGUGUCCAUGCCUAAAGCAUUAACGAAACGCCUGCUUUCUGCCUUUGUGUAGCAAAAUCACGUCAGGAAUCGGUUAAAUCUAACUUCACUCACUUUGAUCUGUGAAUUCCAAUUUGUGUUUAAUUUAGUUUAGCAGUUGCAAAAGUCUCUUUCCUCUUGUUGGGUCUGGUUCAUGAGCUCACCUGUUGGAUGGUGGCCAGCUGCAGACAUUUGAAGAAAUGUAAUAUUCCCUCGUUGAUGGAGUUGACAUUUAGAUUUUUAAAUGAACCGUGCUCUUCCAGUUUACCAGCUAACCCACAGCUCUUCCUGUGUGAUUAUGCUGAUUUUUGUCCAUUUGUUUGUCACAUCUGUGCUGUUAUAAACACUGAAAUGUUAAAAAAGCACAUUAUAUUUAUUUAAAUAUUGCAAUAAAGCUUAUUUUACAAAUGUA